AAACUCGGUUGAGUUGGGUUGCUAACCGUAUAGUCCGGGACCUUCACAAAUGCGUUGUUGUUCGUGCGCUACACUCGACCACGGCAAUGGAGGCACUAAUCUCGUCGUACGGCGACACUUCUUCCGACUCAGAAUCAGAUUCUCAACCGCCGCUUGCCGCUUCCGUUGACAACCACUCACCACCGCCAUCCAGUCUUCCUUCACCGCCUAUCGACCUUCUUAACCCUCCCAAUUCAUCCGGAACGUUCGAUUACUUGCAGCGUAAUUCGGCCAGUAGAAUUCGGAGCUUCCCUCACAUCGAAGGCAAUUACGCAUUACAUGUUUACAUCCCAGUAUUUAUACCAUCUGAAAGAAAGAGAGAGCUGGCCCUGUUUUUGAAGAAAGCCACUUCACUUAUACCAGAUCUUCAUGUUGUGGAUCUUGAUGUUCCAUUGUCCAUGCUGCUAAAAGAUGAAGAGAAGCUAAUACAAGUUGCCUUAGGGAGGGAAUUUCACAUAAGUCUUGGAAGAACUGUUCCCAUUCGUGUUCAUCAAAUAGACUCAAUGGUCGCAAUGCUUCGCCAAAAACUUCAGUUUCAGAAACGGUAUCUGAUUGAUUUCAACAAGUGGGAGGUUUUUGUGAAUGAUGAUCAGACACGUACAUUUCUUUCGGUUGAAAAUACAACGCGAGGUGUAGCUGAGGUAACGAAACAGAUCCAAACCGUUAAUGAGGUUUACAAGCUGCACAAUCUUCCUGAAUUUUACAAGACUACGUACAGGAUCCUCGGCCUCAUAUAUCAAUAGCAUGGGGAGUGGGGGAUAUUAGUGAAUCUGUUAAGAGAGUGGUGGAAGGAGAAAUGAGAAAAAAUGUUGGAGGAAGAUGUAUGUUUACCUGCAAAUUUAGUAGCAUUGUGUGUAAAAUUGGCAGUAAAACCUAUAAUAUAUGUGGAUGAAUCUCAACUACAAUGAACAUGAGUUGGGAAAUAUUUUGUAAAUGCAAUAAGGUUCCUCCAUGCUGGACCAAUUUCUAUUUGAUCCAUUUAUCAUGUCCAA